GUGCACGCGGCUGCGGAGGUCCGGAGUUCGGUUCCCGCGUAGGGCGGCUCACAACCGCCAGUCCCUGGGGCUGCAGGAUCAUGCGCCGCCUCUGGCCUCCCGACACCCGCGCUCACGCGCAACGCACCCACACGGACUCGUCGGUGAAAAGACACAGAGAGGCCAUUUACUCGGAAGGCGCAUGACGCGCCGGCGGGGCCGAGCCCCGAGGGCCCGCGGCGGCGGCGGCGGAAGGAAGCGCGGGCGCAGGCCUGGCUCGGCGGAGGGGUGCGAGCCCGGGAGGGAGGAGCCUGCGCGGCGGGGCGGCGGGCGCAGCGGCCCAGCCAUGUCCGCCGAGGAGAUGGUGCAGAUCCGCCUGGAAGGCCGCUGCUACCCGGUGAGCAAGAGCAAGCUGAUCGAACAGAGCGACUACUUCCGCGCGCUCUACCGCUCCGGCAUGCGCGAGGCCGUGCGGCCCGAGGCCGGCCCCGAGGUGCAGCAGCUGCGCGGCCUGAGCGCGCCGGGCCUGCGGCUGGUGCUGGACUUCAUCAACGCGGGCGGCGCGCGCGAGGGCUGGGGCCCGGGCGAGGACGAGGUGCUGGCCGAGCUGGUGGAGGCCGCGUCCUUCCUGCAGGUCACGGCGCUGCUGCGCCUGCUGCUGUCGCAUGUGCGCCUGGGCAACUGCUUGGAGCUGUACCGCCUGGCUCAGGUGUACGGGCUGCCCGACCUGCAGGGCGCCUGCCUGCGCUUCAUGGCGCUGCACUUCCACCAGGUGCUGUGCCAGCCGCAGUUCCCGCUGCUGCUGUCGCCGCCGCAGGCCCCGGGGGACGGCAGCCUGAAGCAGAGGCUGAGGGAGGCCCGCAUGCGCGGGACCCCGGUACUAGUGGCCCUGGGGGACUUCCUCGGGGGACCCCUGGCCCCGCACCCGUAUCAGGGGGAACCCCCGUCCAUGCUUAGGUACGAGGAGACCACGGAACGCUGGUUCCCGCUGGCCAACAACCUGCCCCCGGACCUGGUGAACGUCAGGGGCUACGGCUCAGCCAUCUUGGACAACUACCUCUUCAUCGUGGGCGGGUACCGGAUCACCAGCCAGGAGAUCUCCGCCGCACACUCCUACAACCCCACCACCAACGAGUGGCUGCAGGUGGCCUCCAUGAACCAGAAACGCUCUAACUUCAAGCUUGUGGCAGUCAGCUCGAAGCUCUACGCCAUCGGCGGGCAGGCUGUGUCUAACGUGGAGUGCUACAACCCCGAGCAGGAUGCGUGGAAUUUUGUGGCCCCCCUGCCAAAUCCUUUGGCUGAGUUCUCUGCCUGCGAGUGCAAGGGGAAGAUCUACGUCAUUGGCGGCUAUACCACCCGAGAUCGCAACAUGCACAUCCUGCAGUACUGCCCCUCUUCUGACCUGUGGACGCUGUUCGAGACCUGCGAUGUCCACAUCCGCAAGCAGCAGAUGGUGUCGGUGGAGGAGACCAUCUACAUCGUGGGUGGGUGUCUCCACGAGCUGGGACCCAACCGCAGGAGCAGCCAGAGUGAAGACAUGCUCACCGUGCAGUCCUACAACACCGUCACCCGGCAGUGGCUCUACCUGAAGGAGAACACGUCCAAGUCGGGCCUGAACUUGACCUGUGCACUUCACAACGAUGGCAUCUACAUCAUGAGCAGGGACGUCACUCUGUCCACCAGCUUGGAGCACCGGGUGUUCCUCAAGUACAACAUCUUUGCCGACAGCUGGGAAGCCUUCCGGCGGUUCCCGGCCUUCGGACAUAACUUACUGAUUUCCUCUCUCUACCUACCCAACAAAGCAGAGACCUGAGUGAUUCGAUGGGAUUUGAAAGACGGAUCUGUUUCAAGGGGGGGUGGGGAGAAAAAGGCAACCCUUUGAAAUUCUGAAUCCUGAAGGGACAGAGUAACCUAAAAGUAGGUCACGUAUUGUAGGAGGCUCGGCUGUAAGUAAGCUUUCUUGAACUAACUACUUGAAAACCUGGGGGAAAGAGACCAUUAUUCCUUCGGUUGUUUUUUACGUUAUGGGAGCAAAUGUCGUAAAUAAUUCAUCCAAAGCUAACAGUCUUGGGCUGACAACUAAAACGCAGCAUUAAAAAGUAGACUUUUGGGGUCUGCUCCGUAAGGGCCAAGCUCAGCUGACACAAUAGUAGUAAUAGCUUUGUUCUGUGUUUUCCCCACUGAGGGUGGAAUCUAGGGCCUCACGCUAGUCCCGUAAAGAUGACUUUAAAAUUCUAUUUCUUUAGGUCCCCCGAGAUGUCAUUAGUAGUAGAUUUCCCUUUUUCUUUUAGUUUUUUGGACAAGAAUUAGGAACUACCUCCUCACCCCUCCGGCCUCUUAUAUCACCUGGUUUUUUUGGCUAGGCGUUUUAUUGUAUACUUGUUUUCAGGGACCCUGGCAGGUGUUUCCAACCUUUUUGACAUUUAGAAAUCACGUUGCCAUUUAUAAAGCUUGUGCACAAUUGAGUUACCUUAGGGGAAAAAAAACUCGUCAUGUUUUAAGUAAGGUCCUGAUGUUGUGUUGGCUACCGUCGUAGUUGUCCUCAGGGCCACGAGCUUCGGCCGCCGUUCUUGCUAAGGUAGAACCAGACAGAGAAUUCACACAAGCAGCAGGUCUAUCCAAAAACUUGGGUAGGCGCAGUCUCAGGGAGUCUCCAGUCUUUCUGUAGCUGAAGAGGCUGUGUGAGUAGACCUGUCAGCCUGUGGCGUUGUGUGCGGCAAAUGCGCGGCUACCCAGGUCACAGACCCUGCCUUGUGAGGUCCUUGUUUUUAGAACAUUGCUAUUAACGUUUUAUAAGUUGAGUGUUAAAAAUGAGGGAGUACCGCAUAAGGAAAACAUGCCUUUAUGAGUCGUUUUUGUUGAAUGUAUGACUUAGAUCUUGUUUCAAGAUUUAAAAUUCAAAACAAGACAACUUUUGCACAUUUAGAUGAGGGUUCCUCCUAACUUAGUCUCAGAUAUGCAGUCCUGCUUUGGUUCCGCCUUUUAAAGGCAAGGGUGGCUGUCACUCAUUUAUGCUGGGAAGCAGGGGCUUGACAGACGUGGAGUGACCUCUGCUGGCGUGUCUGAACCGAGGCGAGGUGCUGGCCUCUGGGCUCUCAUGCCGACGGCAGGGAACAGCUCUAGAGACUUCACCAAGUCAGUUCACAGGGAACAAAGGAACCUGCCAAUCAUGGGUCCGUGUUUCUUAAAAACCUCAAGGGUCCACUUAGCAUGCACGAGAGGCUCCCCCGGGUUUAAUCUCCAGCACUUACAGCAACAGCAACAAGGCCCUCACUUACAGGAAAUUUGAUUGAAGAGCAUUUGCUAUAGCCAGCUGCUGUCUUGUAGUGGAGUUGGCUAACUGAGCCAGACUCCAUCUCUGUCCCAGCA